ACCACUUCAUCAAGCGACUGAGCUUCAAUUCAACCACACUUGGAUCUUUUAUACUCUUCCUUGCUCUCCACUCUCUCCAAUUCAAAUUUUAAUACCCCACCACACCAACUUUCUUCUGUUGUCAUAUCUAUAAUGGCGAAAAAGGUAGCACAGUACCCUCUGGAGAAAAAUGGGUUGGCUUCAUUGGACCAGAAACUCUCCUUGGCCAAGCGAUGUGGUCAUGAGGGCGUUGUCGCCGGGGCAAAGGCGGCAGUUCUGGCCACCAUUGCUUCUGCCAUUCCUACUUUAGCCAGUGUUAGAAUGUUUCCCUGGGCUAGAGCUAACCUCAAUCCAACUGCUCAGGCUCUCAUCAUCUCUACAGUGGCUGGUUCCGCAUACUUCAUAGUCGCAGACAAGACUGUUUUGGCCACUGCAAGGAGAAACUCCUUCAAGGAUUGCACUAACAUCCAAGCUUAAUUUCCAGUCCCCCCACGUUUUCCAUUUAUUUUGCUUUUCUGUUUUCUGUAAACUUUGUUGCUCCAAAACCUAUGUAUACUGUAAAAUAGCUGAUUUUUCAAAUCUUCCCAUAAAUAAAGUUGGAACCAGCUGAAGAAGCUUUAAUGAAGGAUGGCCCAUUUGA